GACGCGGCUCCAGGCCUGAGCCUCUCUGAUACCAGUGGGUCCCCUGAGACCGGGUGUUGUCAUGGCUCUCUACGUUGAUCACCGCAUCGAGGCCCCUGAGUCGACCGGCGCAGCCUCCCUCAUCAGCUGGCACCCUGUCCACCCCUUCCUGGCCGUGGCCUCUGCCAGCACCACUGUGGGUGGCAGCAUGGACAUUUAUCUGGAGCAAGGUGAAUGCGUACCUGACUCGCACAUCGAACGGGCAUGCCAAGUGACUACCCUGAGCUGGCACCCAACGCGGCUGGUCCUGGCCAUUGGCUGGGAGACAGGGGAGGUGGUCAUGUUCAACAAGCAGGACAAGGAGCAGCACUCGGUGCCCCCAACACACACCGCUGAGAUCACCGUCCUCGCCUGGAGCACUAAUGGGAACUGCCUGGUGUCUGCAGACAGGCUCGGGGUGCUGCUGUUGUGGCGUCUGGACCAGAGAGGCCGGGUGCAGGGGACCCCCCUGCUGAGGCAGGAGCAUGGGAAGCACCUGAAGCACUGCAUCUUCCGGCUGCCGCCGCCCGGCGAGGACCUGGUCCAGCUGGCGAAGGCGGCCGUCAGUGGUGACGAGAAGGCGCUGGACAUGUUCAACUGGAGGAAGAGCGGCUUCGGGGGCUUCCUGAAGAUGGGGCCACAGGAGGGGCUGUCCUUCUUCGUCAGCCUGGUGGAUGGCACGGUACACUACGUGGACGAGAAGGGCAAGACCACCCGCAUUGCGGUCACUGACAGCCCCGUGCAGAAGCUGUUCUACAUCGAGCACCGUGAGGCACUGGUGGUGGUGACAGAGGCACUGCUCCUGUCCCUGCACACGGUGACACCCGAGGGCGAGGCUCAGGAGAUCAUGAAGGUCAAGCUGAGCGGGAGGACAGGCUGCCAGGCCGACAUCGCUCUGAUCGAGGGCAGCCUGCUGGUCAUGGCCAUCGGGGAGCCGGUGCUCAGACUCUGGGACGUGGAGCGCAGCGAGAAUUACAUCCUGAGUCCAGAGGAGAAGCUUGGUAUUGAAAAGGGAGAGAAUCUAAACUGCGUCUCGUACUGCAAAGCCAAAGGUCUGCUGGCAGCCGGCACGGACAGAGGCCGUGUCACCAUGUGGCAGAAAGCAGCCGGUCCUGUGAGCAGCUGCAGGAUGGAGGGCAAGGACAUGUGGGUCCUGCAGACGCCUGUGGAGCUGGAGGGCAGUAUCACACAGAUCCAGUGGGGCUCCAGGAGGAACCUGCUGGCAGUGAGCAGCCGCGGGGCCGUCGUGGUGCUCCGCGAGCAGGCCAUGGCGAUGCACUUCCACCAGCAGGUGGCGGCGGUGCAGCUCUCCUCCAGCCUGCUGCAGGCCGCCUUUCUCGCCGCCGGCCACACCUACAACCUCCGCACCAAUGUGCACAUCAGCGGGGUGUUCGCCACCAAGGAUGCGGUCGCUGUCUGGAACGGGAAACAGGUGAUGGUCUUCGAGCCCUCAGGACCCAAGCUGCGGAACUCCGGGACCUUCCUGUGCGAGUCUCCCGUGCUCGUGAUGCACGAGGAGAGUGUCUACACCACAGAGCCAAACCGGGUCCAGGUUCGCACCUGGCAGGGCACCGUCAAACAGCUGCUGCUCUUCUCAGAGACCGAGGGCAGCCCCUGCCUCCUGGACAUCUGUGGGAGCUUCCUGGUGGUGGGCACCGACCUGGCGCACUUCAAAAGCUUCGAUCUUUCCCGAAGAGAAGCCAAAGUGCACUGCAACUGCAAGAGCCUGGCCGAGCUGCUGCCCGGUGUUGGGGGCAUUGCCUCGCUGCGUGGCAACGCCAACGGCAGCAAGAUCAGCUUCCUGCUCACCAAGGCUGAUGGCAGCCCGGACUCCCGAAUCUGCUUCUAUGACGUGGAGAUGGACACGGUGACCAUCUUGGACUUGAGGACCGGGCAGAUUGACCGGAGAGAGAUGCUGACCUUCACCGGGCAAGAGACCAAGAAGAGCAGCUUCCUGCCCGACGAGAGCCUGAGGCACCACAUCCCCGUGAGCCACUGCUGGGACCAGAGUGAGCCAAGGCUGUUUGUGUGCGAGGCUGUCCCCGAGGCGGCGGCUCCGCUGGCUGCAGAGAGGCAGCCCCCCGCCACUGAGGGCUCGAAGCCCAGGGCAGAUGUCAUGGUGCUGUCCUUCUUCGUCCCUGAGGAGUACGGCCUCCUGCUGCAGGACCGCUUUCCCCGGCCAGCCGCCUUCCAGGCGCUCCUGGGCGUCUCCGUGCCCCACUACUACUUUGCCAGGCGGCCUGGGGAAGCAGACACAGAGGGCAUCUCAGACUCUGGGCCCAACCAGGCCCUCCAGAUGGUGGGCACAAGGCCCCUGCGGGACUUUGUGGGGCUGGAGGACUGCGACCGGCCCACGCGGGAGGCCAUGCUCAACUUCAGCUUCUUCGUCGCCGUCGGGGACAUGGACGAGGCCUUCAAGUCCAUCAAGCUCAUCAAGAGCGAGGCCGUCUGGGAGAACAUGGCGCGCAUGUGUGUGAAGACCCAGCGACUAGACGUGGCCCGGGUGUGCCUGGGGAACAUGGGCUCAGUCCUACCCAUCUGCAUCCCCUCCUGGCCUUGUCCCAGGCUCUGCGACACUGAGGACGCGGAGCAGCUCUACAAGAAGUGCAGGCGCUACGACCUCCUGAACAAGUUCUACCAGGCCUCUGGCCAGUGGCAGAAGGCCGUGGAGGUGGCCGAGCGGCAGGACCGCAUCCACUUGCGCACCACCUAUUACAACUACGCCAAGCACCAGGAGGCCAGCUCCGAGCGCAGCCUGGCCGUCAGCUACUAUGAGAAGUCGGACACGCACCACUUCGAGGUGCCCCGGAUGCUGUCGGAGGACCUGCAGUCCCUGGAGCUCUACAUCAACAGGAUGCGCGACAAGAUGCUGUGGCGCUGGUGGGCGCAGUACCUGGAGAGCCAGGCCGAGAUGGAGGCGGCGCUGCGCUACUACGAGCUGGCGCAGGACUACUUCUCGCUCGUGCGCAUCCACUGCUUCCAGGGCAACACCCAGAAGGCAGCGGAGAUAGCCAGCGAAACCGGGAACUGGGCAGCGUCCUACCACGUGGCGCGGCAGUACGAGACCCAGGAGGAGGUCCGGCAGGCCGUGCACUUUUACACGCGCGCGCAGGCCUUCAACAACGCCAUCCGCCUCUGCAAGGAGAACGGCCUGGACGACCAGCUCAUGAACCUAGCCCUCCUGAGCUCCCCAAAGGAAAUGAUCGAGGUGGCUCGCUUCUAUGAGGAAAAGGGGGAGCAGAUGGACCGGGCGGUCAUGCUGUACCACAAGGCUGGCUACUUCUCCAAGGCCCUGGAGCUGGCCUUCGCCACCCAGCAGUUCGUGGCCCUGCAGCUCAUCGCUGAGGACCUGGACGAGAAGUCAGACCCUGAGCUGCUGGCCCGCUGCUCCGACUUCUUCACCGAGCACAGUCAGUAUGAGAAGGCCGUGGAGCUGCUGCUGGCCGCCAAGAAGUACCAUGAGGCCCUGCAGCUGUGCCUGGAGCAGAACAUGACCAUCACUGAGGAGAUGGCUGAGAAGAUGACCGUGGCCAAGGACUCGCCAGAGCUGUCGGAAGCGGCGCGGCGGGAGCUGCUGGAGCAGGUGGCCAACUGCUGCAUGCGCCAGGGCAGCUACCACCUGGCCACCAAGAAGUACACACAGGCUGGCAACAAGCUGAAGGCCAUGAGGGCGCUGCUCAAGUCCGGGGACACAGAGAGGAUCGUAUUCUUCGCGGGCGUGUCCCGGCAGAAGGAGCUCUACGUCAUGGCAGCCAACUACCUGCAGUCUCUGGACUGGCGCAAGGAGCCCGAGAUCAUGAAGAACAUCAUCAGCUUCUACACCAAGGGCCGGGCCCUGGACCUCCUGGCUGGCUUUUAUGAUGCCUGUGCCCAGGUGGAAAUUGAUGAGUACCAGAACUACGACAAAGCCCACGGCGCGCUGACCGAGGCCUACAAGUGCCUGUCCAAGGCCAAGGCCAAGAACCCCUUGGACCAGGAGGCCCAGCUGGCCCAGCUGCAGAGCAAGAUGACACUGGUGAAGCGCUUCAUCCAGGCACGCAGGACCUACGCUGAGGACACCACGGAGGCUGUGCGGCAGUGCGAGCUGCUGCUGGAGGAGCCGGGCCUGGAAAGCAUCGUCCGCGUUGGGGACAUCUUGGGUUUCCUGGUGGAGCACUUCCUGCAGCAGGGGGAGCACCAGGCGGCCUACAAGUACCUGGAGGAGAUGCGCAAGAGGCUGCCAGCGGCCAACCUGCCCUACUACGUGAGCCAGCGCACUGCGGAUGCUGUGCACCAGGGCCUAGGCCUCCCCCUGACCCGCCUGGGCCCUGGCUGUGUCGCCCACAGCAGUGCCGAGGACCACGGGGAGGAUGAGGUGGUGGAAGAGGUGGACAACGACUCCUGACCACCCCUUCCAGGACCUGUGGUCGGGAGCGGCAAACACCUGACCUGAUGGGCAGACACACGCUUUCACCACACGCUCGUCUUGGAUAUGGACACAGGGCGGGGCCCAGGGGCUUUCCCUCCCCCCCACCCCGACCCAGCUAGAGAUAUAGGGCAUUCUAGGUCAUCCACCCAGGGCUUCCACCCUCAGGCCUUGGUGGGAAGGUGCCCACCUGGGAGCUGGCUUUACUUUCCCAUGACAUUAUCUGAGCUGCAGGGCCUGAGAAGCUUCUAGAACUUGAACCAGUGGCACAGCUGAAAAGCAUAGCUGUUCUGAUCACUGUCACCCAGGUGCCAGGACAGCUGUGGGUUCCCAAGGGCCCUCCUUCCACCCUCGGCCACCACCAUAAAACCACUUUUCUACGACUGCAAUAAAGUAUAUUUUGUCCAAG